CGUCCGGGACUGGCCAGGGCCGUCCGGGGGUGACCGGGACUGGCCGGGGCCGUCCCCACCGCCCAGCCCCAGCGUGAUGCUGGUCGCCGGCUCGCCGUGCAGCCCCGCGGGGCCGGAGGAGCACCGGGGCUGCGGGGCCCGCCGGGGCGGCCAGGAAAGAGGAAUCGAGGCUACCCGGGAGCUGGCGAGGGGCCCCAGCACCUUCAUUCCCCUGGGAGAGGUCCCUCAGGAAGGCGGGGAGAACAGCCUGCACCAGCUCCUCGAGGCCUUUGUCUCGGCAGGCAGGGUGGACCACGUCGCCAUGGUCAUGGGGCUGCACCCCCAGUACCUCAGCAGCUUCUGGAAGACCCAGUACCUCCUGCUGCGCAUGGACGGGCCCCUGCCCUACCACAAGCGCCACUACAUCGCCAUCAUGGCAGCAGCCCGGCACCGGUGCUCCUACCUGGUGGGGUUGCACAUGGGGGAGUUCCUGCAGGUGGGGGGCAACCCUGCAUGGCUGCGGGGGCUGCACUGCGCCCCCCAAAAGCUCCGGAACCUCAGUGAGAUCAACAAGCUGCUGGCGCACCGGCCCUGGCUCAUCACCAAGGAGCACAUCGAGGCUCUGCUGCGGCCGGGGCAGGACAGCUGGUCACUGGCGGAGCUGGUGCAGGCGCUGGUGCUCCUCACCCACUACCACUCGCUCGCAUCCUUUGUCUUCGGCUGCGGCAUCAAACCCGAGGAGGACCAGGACGUGGGGAGCAGCUGCUGGACCCCCUCACCCCACAGCGACAGCAGCCCUGCCUCUGGGGACAGCAUGGGGGGCUCUGGGGACACAGAUGCCGUGCAGGAGGUGGAGGUGCUGAUGGAGAGGAUGAAGCUGCUGCAGGAAAACCAGCUGGAGGAGGAAGGAGUCACACAGGAGGAGAUGGCGACGCGCUUCGAGCUGGAGAAGACAGAAAGUUUGCUGGUCCCUUCCUCAGAUGCUUUGGAUCCCUCCCUGCAGUCCAACAUCCGCUGCUUCCUGGAGGACCCUGAAUUCGGAUACAAGGACUUCACACGGAGGGGGGAGCAGGCCCCCCCCACUUUCCGUGCACAGGAUUACAGCUGGGAGGACCACGGCUACUCGCUGAUCAACCGCCUGUACCCAGACGUGGGGCAGCUCCUGGAUGAGAAGUUCCAGGUGGUUUACAACCUGACCUACAACACCAUUGCCAUGCACUGUGGCGUGGACACCUCUGUGCUGCGCCGAGCCAUCUGGAACUACGUGCACUGCGUCUUUGGCAUCCGCUAUGAUGACUACGACUACGGGGAGGUGAACCAGCUCCUGGAGCGCAACCUAAAGGUCUACAUCAAGACAGUGGCUUGCUACCCGGAGAGGACCACCAGGCAGAUCUACGCGCAGUUCUGGAGGCACUUCAAGCACUCGGAGAAGGUGCACAUCAACCUGCUCCUGCUGGAGGCGCGCAUGCAGGCGGCUCUGCUCUACGCCCUCAGGGCUGUCACCCGCUACAUGACCUGAGCUGCUCUGCCCUGCUCUGCCCCUGCCCCUGCCCUGGCUCUGCAGGAGAGGCCGGGGCGCUGCUGGAACCCUGGAAGUUCAUCUGGAGUAUUGUCUCCCUGCUUCACGGGCUUAGAGCUGUGGAAGUGAAGUGGGAGCUUUCCUGCGCUUUCUCCCAGGAGGGGUGAGCCCCCAGGAAGGUGUCGGUGCUGGGAAGACCCCCAAGUGCUGCCCUGGGCUUGACAGAGCUGCGAGUGCUCUCCUGCUCCGUGCCUUCUGGGGCUGGCCUCAGUGAAGCCAGACAGGGAUGUCUGUGGCUGCAGUGCUGGUGUCACACCCCUGUGACGUGUCCUGGCACCGAAGAGGACUGUCCCCCUGCCAGAGAUGGCCAGAGGAUAUCACAGGGUUCCCUUCAUCCCUGCAUUUUGGGUCCUGCUGUGCUGGGAGACAGCUGCUGGUGGGGGUGCUGCCCAGGCACCCCCUCCCCACCUUUCUGCCUCAUCCCCUGCAGUCUGGGAUGUGAAGUGCCUUUAACCUAAGUGCCAGGGCAGGAGCAGGGAAAGCAUAGGAAUGCUUGAGUGUGUUUUACACGUUUUUGCAUUGUUUUCCAGCCGCUGGUGCAUCUCCACUUCCUCAGCUUCAGGGGCUGAUGUGGGGAGCCGUGCUGGGGCAUGGGGCUCCCUCAGCCCCUCUGCUGCUGUGCGGGUGGCAGGGUGGGAUGGGCUGGCCAUGGCUUUAUCCAGACACGCCAGAGCAUUCCCAGCAGCACAUGGAGGUGCCUGUUGGGGAGCAGGAUCCAGCCCCAUUGCCACCCUUGGUUUGGCUGUUGAGUGAUCACUCCAGUUAAGUUAUUUCUGUUUUUUUUUAAAUAUAUAUAAACUCCUGACUAGGCAUGGAAAUGCCUCUGUAACUUUGCUAUUAAUCUUGUUUGAAAAAAUAAAAUAAUUACUUUUAAAUUCUUUUUCCUUUUUCACUUUCCCCUUGGUCCACCCAUGGGCUAUUCCUGUAUGGCAGAAGUAGAGUGCAGGGCUCUUGCUGCUCUGGGAGUACUAGGGAGCAUCCCCGAGUUGUCCAAGGGAGGAUGUGGGAGGUCUGAGUACUCCCCACUUGCCUGAGGGGGAUGGAUUUGACUUCAGUAAGCUCUCCUUUGUGGUGACUGAUUCCAGUCUUUCCUGGCUGUAGCAUCUUCCUGGGAAGCCAGGAUUUAGGCAUGACCCUCAUCCCACCGUGUGUCCAGGGGCUGCUCUGCUGCACUGCUGGCGCAGAGCUGAGCUGCAGUGCUGCUGGGGCAGAGCAGGGCACGCCAGGCCCGUGCUGUGAAGCCAGCAGUUAUCAGGGCGUGGGCAGAGCCCCUGGAAGGCGCUGAUAGAGCCCUGGCGAGGGGCCAGCUCUGCGCGGCCGGCGCUUCGCGGUGUGCCGGAGGGGCCGGAGCCUGGCGGCGCGGGGGAGCCGCCGGCUUGCAGAGAGUGCCGGGGACUCACAGGGCAGAGCCUCCGUUUUGGGGGAAAGAGGUGUGAGGGCAGCUUCUUUUGGGAAGCUGAGGCAGGAGGACGGGGCUCCCUGGGCUUUGCCGGCUGUGCCAGAGCUCCCGGUGUGUGGAGAGAACAGCGGAGCCCGCGGUGCUGCUCUGCCCGGGCGCCACCCUGGAGCACCGGGGAGCACCGCGGCCCGGGGGCUGCUUCAGCUCACACCCUGGCACUGCAUCGCUUAACCCCUCUGUUUAUUCACCUGGUCACAAUUACAGACCAAUAAAUUCCUCAUCCAGUGCACAACUAAA